UGGAGGGACCAACUGCAGCUCUCUCUGGGAACAAGCUGCCAUGGGACUGAGGUGCGGGAUGAGGACCACCAAGUGCCAGCUGCUGGUGACCAGCCUCUGUGUCAUGCUGCUGGGGCUAUCCGUUGCCACGCUGAGCACAGUUACCCACUAUGGGCUCCAUUUUACCCUCAUCAGCGAUAUCUCCCUGGAUGGCAACUCCUACAGGGUUAUCCACUACAGAGCUUUCUACUUUGGGAUCUGCCUCAGCAUGACCCUGAUCCUGGCAGCCCUGCUGAGCUCUGCCGCCACGGUGCGGGAAUCGCAGUGCCUCACCGCCAUGGGAUUUUUCUGUUUUGCUCUGGCCUUCUGCGGAUUGAUCCCAGCUGCCUGCUGGAGAUACACACACAGCACGGAGGUAGAAGACAGCAUGAUGGAUGUGUAUGAUUUUGUGUACGAGGAGGUGAGGAGGAACACCUCCAGCUCCAGGAGGCACGAGUUGACUGCCAUCCACAAAGCAUUCCUGUGCUGUGGGAAGCACUCUCCUUUUGGGGACACAAACAACGUUGAGCACCAGACAUGCCCACCCGACCAGGCACACAGUACAGGACAGGACUGCCUGCAAGAGAUCCAAGACUUUCUGAAGAAGCACAUGGACUUCGUCUUCUCGCUCCUGGGCAUCGCCAUUGGCUUCACGGUUUAUGGAAUGAUCCUAUCUUCAUUCCUCUGGUUCUCCAUCCACUUCAGCAGCAAUCUGGACCGGAAAGGCAAAUACAUCCUGCGAGAGAGGUAGAAACCCGAUGCCUGGGCAUCUCUACCAGGUAGAGCCAGCUCUUAACACAGGAAAACGUCUGA